GUCAGUCUAAAAACGAGUUUCAUCGCGUUCGGCUGCCGACUCGCUCAAUUUUUGAAUUCAUUUUUGGCCUGGCCCACUAAAAAAAGAAGAAACAAAUCGAAAACAAAGCCUCAUUGCGGCCCAUUAAGCAAAUGCUAAAUUAGUUCGUUGUGUAAAGGUGUUAAGCAUUACUCUGUCGAAAUUCUCCUACCGCAACAAACCCCAUCUGCUUGUGUUGGUUUUCGCCCAAUUAUUUGGCCAAAGUAUCGCGGAGUUUUGUAAAAAUAUUUCUGGAAAAUCUUCCCCAAAGUGCAGUGAUUGUGUUUGUGUGCUCGAAUCGUUUGUAGAACGGUAACAGGUAAAACAACAUCAACAUCAACUCAACAAUCCGAAUCCGAACGAGCGACCGAUGUCGGUGAAUAUAGCCAUUAAAAUGAAGUUAAAGUCGCUCCCGAGCUGCAUACAAAUGCUGCUGUAAAUAAGUCUAAACAAACAUUGCAGUAGUUGAUGACAGGGAGGAGAGAGCUUUCAAGAACUGGAGGACUCCCAAUCCCUUGGCGUGGACUAACCGAAAGUAAAUUGAAAUUUCACCGCGUUCUCGGGUCCGGACCAGUGCACAUCCAUCGAGCGGUUGCCGGGUUUUGCAUGCUGGCCGGGCAGAUAGCCCCGGCGUGAGCACACACAUCGGGCUGGAAAAGAUAUAGCCAGCGAGUCAUCCAGCCAGCCAGCCAGCCAGCCAUCCAGCUGCAUCGAAUAUAUCUCGGCCAAAUGUACGCCGGCCGGGCGACACAAUUUGCCAAAACCAUCAGCAGCAUGGCGUGCAGCAUACAGAAGCAACCUCAGGCACCGCAAUCAGUGGACCCUGGCACUGCAGGAGUGGAUCGGGUGGGCGGAGUGGUAGGCGGAGGAGGUGGUGGCCCCAGUGGAGCUGGCACCGUUCCCUCCACACCGAAGAGCAAGGCCGCCCAGCCGAGGGGCUCCCUGCCGACGGAUGUGAACCAACCACCGCUGGAGUUUCAGUGGCCACCGCCCGUUCCCGUUUCGAUACACACGAGCAACUUGCGUCUGAACAUGAUGAACCAGGAUCCCAAGGACCUCCAUACAGCCAGAGCCAUCAUCGAGGAGCUGCGCUCCAAGGUGCGCUUUCAGACGGAGCACAUCAUGAAGUGGCGCAAGGCGUAUGCCAUGCAGGUCCAGCAGCACUAUCGGUAUCAGAAGGAGAAAUCAGAUCAGAUGAACUCGUUGACCUCGCAGCUUCUGCUCCUGGAAUCCCGACUGAAGCGGAAGCAGAAGCAGAUAGCCAGUCUACUGAACCAUCGGGAGUUGACCAUCCAGCGUCAGCAGAAGAUCAUCGACACCCUGUCCUCCCGGCUGGUGGAUCAUGGCCUGGAGACCAUUGAAGCUAGCUAUGCCAACGAGCUGGACUCCCUGAACGACUCGGACUCGGCGGUGGUGCUGGAGGACAUCGACUCCGACAGCCCGAUGACCUUGGGCACGCGACGGAAAAGUAGUGGCGCUGGCGGAUUGGGCGGAGUGCUGGGCAGCGAUGGCAUCACCAUAGUACGCUCCAUAUCCGAUGCGAUAGAGACGAAUCACAACAAGUACGGAGCGGCCAGGCGAAACAACUGCUUCCUGCGGCGACCAGAUAUCCUGGAAACAGUUUACUCCGUCGAGGAGGAUCCCGAACCCACCACGGACGUGGCCGAGAAGCGGGACAAGUUCAAGAACCGCUCCGACAAGGCGCUCAGCUCCAGCUCGACCGAGGGUCAGAUAGACGCCGCCAGUCCCUCGACCGCGGACAAAGCCAAAGAUUCAUCGCCCGUCGACGGCGGAUCCACCAUUCCAAGACGUCAGCUGGGAGCUCUCAAGAGAUCCCCCAGCCACGACUCUCCGUGCACCACACUCAGUGUCAAGGUCCCCCAGCUGCAGCCACCAACUCCUCCAGCAUCGGCAGCUGGAGCGCAGGAGCCGCCCAACGGAAAGACCCAGGUGACCAACUACAACCGUGUUAUGUUGAACCAUCGCUCGGUGACGAAGCCCAAGGACGUGAAGUACAAGCGCAUCAACAAGGCGAAGUCCAAGAGUCUGGAGGAGCUCCGGGGGCGUCUCAAGAACCUGGUGGAGCGGCCUCCGGGCCUGGACGGCGGUUACUCCGCCGGCAUGAUGCCGCAGGCGGCGCAGUCAUAUGCGUGACACUCGCAGCAGCCGGAUGCGGAGUCCCAGAGGUCAACGGAGGGGGUGAAGAACGGUCAGCCGGAGGCGGCGAUGGGACCUCGUCCGCGAAGGGAGAGCGCGGAGCCUAUGACCUCGACCUUGGCCUCGACCUCGACCUCGACUUCGAUCGCCGCCCCCCAGGAGCCGCAGGGCAGCAGACAUGGCUUUCCCAAGAGGUCGCUGACCUUGCCGCGCAUCCUGGUGCCCCGGCAAUCGGCAGCGGGGCUGGCGGGCUCUGGCGGCGGGGGCGGGGGCGGUGGCGGCGGUGGGCGUGGCGGCUUCUAGCAAUUAAAGAAAUUUUUCAUACGCAAUUGUGAUAAAAAGUAAACACGUUUUCUUCCUCCGUCUCUGUACAGCCGACUUCAGUUGCUUUAACAUGAUUCUCUUUUGUAACAUUUGUUUCCUGGACACUUAUCCUGAGCCUAGUUUGGUAAACUAUGCAUUUACAUAAGUUUAGCUUAAGUUUUACAAACGGAACUGCAUUUUGACUUAACAUUACACAUAGUUUCACAAAACAAAUAAAUCAUUUUUUAAACCUAUACUAUUUUUCUGUCUAUGAUUUUCACACUUUACAAAAAGCGUAUGAAAAAUUUCGCCAACCGUAAGUCAGAUUUAUCUUACAAAUGAACGGAAUGUGUACUCGAGGACAAUAUUUCCAAAUCCCAGAUGUUGAAUGGUGAGUAGCUCCAGUCAGUCCCAGAAUUGUGGGUGAAAAUAGGCUAGAAAGGAUAUUUUAAAAAUGUACUCAAGAUAUUACUAAAUAGCACAUAAGAACAAAUGCAUAGUUAUAUUUAAGCAAAGUGUUAAUCGUUUAUAUUACACAUGUAUUUUUCCGCAAACGUUUAAGAGCUUCUCCGAUAUUUCUUUUACAUACAUAAAGCGUUUCGGGUUGCUUUUGAAAACUAUACAACCAAAACACGUUAGAACAUACUUCUCUAUUGAUAUUCGAUCUAGUGUAAGCUCUACUCCAUGGACUGUCUUCUAGAUAACAGAAUUUACAAUUGAUCAUAAACAAAUAUGAGUAUAUUUUCUUACUAACUAUUACUAGCCAUUUAUAAAUAUUUAAUAUCUUUAACUAGGAUAAGUUAGAAGAAUAUUAUUUUUGCAUUUCGUCACGAUUAUUUUGUAACUUGUUAUCGACUAUUGGGGUCUGCAUGGCCCCAAUGUCCUAAAUGUCAGAUGUACCUUGAGAACUCGUAAAAUACUGUACAGAUUUAACCCAAAUAUCAGCGUUAAUAUUAGAAAGUGAGUUAGAAUCUCCUUAGGUGUGAACUUCGACAAUGGCUGCUAUCAGGUCUCAAUUAUAAAGAAUACAUAUAUUUAAAAGCCAAAACAGUACAAUGUCUGGACAGCUGGAAGACAACAAGCUAUAUAUUCGAAAUUACCUAAAUCAAAUAUAUAUCAAUAUGCAACUUGGUGUUUCAGUGACUGUCCUGCAACAAUGUGUACCUACAUACGUGUGUCAAAACAAAACAUUUCCAGUAUUGAACUAUAAAGUAUGGUUAAAUAAACCUCUUGAAUUCCUAAGUCAAUUGGACGUUAAUUUAAUUACUUGAAGCAGAUU